AUGCCUAGCUCAAAGUUUCCAGGGUGGUAUCGUAACAAUACGGUACUAGUCCAAGCCCUGGCGUUAGACUCGAAACUCAGGUCUGCAAGCCACAAAAAUUACCUUAUGUGCACGCAAGGCGGCGCUAGAAACGAGCCGUCUAAUAUCACCGUCAUGAAUCGGAGUACGGCCUAUCCUUACACUCCUCCCCAACCUGCGCCGCAGUCGAGGUUUAAUUCCAGUCACGGAACUAGUAGUGCUUUCAGUGCCAGCGCCCAUCCCAACGAAGAUUGGACAAAAAUAUCUGAUCUCGCUGAACGACGGCGCAUCCAAAAUCGAAUUGCUCAACGAAACUACCGCAAGAAGCUAAAGCGACGUCUUGAGGAUUUAGAAAGAAGAGCCACUUCUUCCUCUGCGUCUCCAGAGCAAUCACACCAGGAGCUGAGUCUCCCAGCCCCAACAAAAUCGAAGAAGUCGAAGUCGCCUUCACGGCGGACUGGCGGCAUAGAGAAAGCCAAGCCCAAAAAUGAUCGCAACACGUCGAUGAAGAUGGUUCUAGCUCAACCACUUUCUUCUUACCAAAGCGAGCAGCGAGCCGCCAUGUUCUCUGAUCAAUCAACGAGGCAGUUGUCUGCUUCUCCGCCGCUUGUCUUCGCUCCCCACUACCAACCGUGUUCUCAAAGCUAUAGCUACCCACAAUAUCCCCAAGAAUCGACAUACCACCCUGCUCCAAUUCCAACCACCGAACUUCCCCCCUCAGGCUACUACAUACAGCCACUAUCUUCGCACCCGCCUCCUGCUCAGGAACUGGUUUAUUCGGAAGAUGACCUGCUCACGCCAUUCGGCAUGAAUUAUGCUUCGAUGGCUGGGUUUGAUAUCCCCGCCACUUCUGCUCCGUAUCAAGAUCCAAACUCCCUUGUAAGUCGGAACUAG